CAGGUGGCAAGGUCCUGCGUCAGCCUGGAGCCCUAACCUUGGAUUCCUGGGGUGUGCUGGCCCCUGUGACUGUCCCCAACUGGAUGGAGCCAUGGCCCCUACAUUCCUGCUGCUGCUGCUGUGGCUACAGGGUGGCAUCUCAGGUCCCCCAGCCCAGGAUACGUACACCAAAGUGCAGCACUGGGAGGGAGAGACGCUGUCUGUGCAGUGCCCCUACAAGAAUCGUAAAAAUCGCGUGGAGGGCAAGGUUUGGUGCAAGGUCAGGAGGAAGAAAUGUGAGGCUGGGUUCACCCGGGUCUGGGCACAGAGGCCCCACUACUUGCUGCAGGAUGAUAUCCAGGCCAAGGUGGUCACCAUCACCAUGGCGGCCCUCAGGCGCCAGGACUCUGGCCGAUACUGGUGCAUGCGGAACAGCUCCCAGAUCCUCUACCCCUUGAUGGGCAUCCUGCUGGAAGUGUUUCCAGCUCCCACAACUGAGAGGAACACUCCUUUGACGCAUCUAUCUAACAUCCUCAAGGGUGGAAUUGUUUUGGCAACAGGCCGAACCCCUACCUCUGACCCUGAUGCACCGUUCACCACGGGCAUGACUGUGUUCACACCUGGACUCCUCACCUUGGCCAGCAUCUUGCCUUCCACUGCCCCAGAGACCACUGGACCAACCCCUAUGGCACGACACAGCUUCACUGGAACCACCCCUACCACCACAGGGCGCAGGAGGACCACAGGGUCCCAGACAGUGACUGAGUCUCCCAGCAGUUCCUGGACCUCCUCUGUUGUCCCAGUGCGCAUCUCCACCGAGUCUAUGCCCCCAAGCACCAGAUCGCCCACCACAGGAAUGUGUCACACCGGCAGAUCUCUUCUCAACAAAUUACCGCCCAUCAGGCACCAGGACUCUGAUCCCACUGUGCUUGCAGUGGUGCUGGCCCUCCUCCCCGUGCCUGUGCUGUUGGUCAUCUUCUAUGGGCUUUGGAAGAGGAGACACGUGGGCAGUGAGUAUAGCCCCCCUCCCAGCUGGAGUGCAGAGCACUGGGGCUUGACACAUUUUUCAAAAUGCCUUCCUGCGCUGUCUGUGACACCGAGUCCCCAGGUGAUGUGUCUCUCAGCCUGUGUCCAGUCAAGAGGACCAUGAUGGCACUCAGCAAGGGAGGAGGGAAUGUAAGCAGGGACAGCACAGCAUAGUCCCAAGGGGAUGGCCUGGCAGGAGCCAGAAGGCAGAGCCAGACCAGGGGCUGGGGCUGGGCCAAGAGCAAGGCCCUUCUUUAUCUCUGUCCCUGUCCUGUAGGCUACAGCUUGUGCAAUGGUCCUGCUAGACACUGGAGGGACGCGCCCGGACCAGAGCCCCCAUGGAAGCUGACUUGGCCCGAGACCACCUAACUGUACAGAGGUGGCGCUUCUCCCAGAGGGGUCUCAGGAGUCCCAAGGAGGAAUGAAGAUGGGGCCUUGUCUGGACCGGAGCAAGACUGGGAUGUGAGGACCUGCGUAAUGCUGAAAUCAGGCCUUCCCAGAAACACAGGCUGCAGUCUGCCCAUGCCAGGGGCCAGCAGCUUGGCCCACUCUGUGGUGAACUCUCCUGGGCCCUGAGUGUUUUCCUGGGCUGCCAGGAAUCUGGGGAGGGGCCCAGGGAGGAAGUCGUGGGGAAAGCCACUGAGAAGAUCCUGCUCAGAGCUGCAGACCCCAGCCCUAGCUGGAUGGCAGAGAAGCCCUGACAAUUCUGUUUUGCAGGCAGAGCCUGAGCUCCGUCUGCCUCAGAGCCCCUUGCUAUCAAGUGGAGGGGAGGGAGGCGUGGGUAGCUAGAGCUGCCCUCCUCCCACCUGUGACCACUGUGUCCUCAGCUCCCCUCCAGCUCCCCUGUGAACUUGAGAAAGAAAGUCGGGCUCGUGAGCCCCCAAGGCAGCUGAUGUCUCUUGGGCCCUGCCCUGGAGGAGGAACAGACUAGGUACUGGGGGUCCAUAGACGGUUGGCAGCAAGGGAUCCCCAAGUUGUCCAGACGCCCCUGCUUCUGACCGUGUAUCCUCUGUGCUCUGACCUGGCUGUGGCUACUUGUCACUUAUCUCCUAGGAACCCAUCCGCCCACUGCUGCCAUCUGCUCACAGCCCCUCCUGGGAGCAGUGGUGUAUCUACGGAAAACAGUGGCUGUGGCAAUUAGUUUUAAAUUGCUGAAUGAUCCUCUCGCAGCUGUCGAUGGAAACUGUGAUGGCCAACAGAAACUGCUCAUUGGUGCCCCCCAGUGGUGCCCAGGGGAUGCGCCAUACCUCCCAUACCUUAGAUACCCCUCUGCCCAGGAGAGCCCCCCUCAGGUGCAAGGCCAGCCUCUCCCCAGACUGGGGUGCAGAGGUUGAAUUUGGGGCUUGUUCUCUCUCGGUUUCCAUACCUGGGAUCCACGUUUGAGCUCCUGGAGGGGAUUGAGGCCCCCAGCAGAGUCCACACCCAGGGCCACCUGAGAUCUCAGAUCUGUGUGUGUGUGUGUGGUGGUGGGGUUCACCCCACAGACUUUGGUGGGGAGGCCAUGGCUCAGAGAAGGGGUGCAUGUCCUCUCCUUCUGUGGGCUCACUGUCCCCUGGUGAGAGAGGGCCCACUUGUGACACCGCCGAGACAAUUCAGAGCCAGCCACAGCACGUAUGACUGGCCUGGAUGGGGACAGGGGGAAUGAAACCCAAGUAACCUCUGGCCUAGGACCCACUGGCUGAGGAAUCUGUCCCCUGCCCCACUGACCCAUUGCUCAGACUCUACCUCUACUGCCCAGACCACUGGCCCGAUGUCCAGCAGUGAAGGCUGGAGAAUACGGACAGGAUUCUUCCACUGGAGAGGGGUGUCCCCCCAGCCUGAGCAACUGGAACAAGCAUCUGGGAUAGAGGUGACAUCUCUAUUCACGGCCCUGGGUCAGGGACUUCCUAGGCUAGAGAGUGAACAUCAUGGCCAGGAGAAUGACUCAGCUGGGGCCUCUGUGGGCAGCUGAUGGGGGCCACUCUGGGAAGCUGGGCUAGAGGAAGGGGUCCUGGGGAACAGCAAGGAGGAGACACUUCUUUUCUAAGUCCAGGAGAGGGCAGUAGAGGGAAGAAGCAGAUUGAGGAACUGACAGAUCUGGCUCCUAGACACACACACACACACACACACACACACAGAGUGACACCCGUCUCCACCAGGAAACAACCUGCUGAGAAGCCUUCCUCCCCAUCAGGUGGGUGAGGCCAUCACCCUGGUGUGUAGCUAGGAGGGGCUUAGCUCAGCUGGGGAGCUCAACUCUAUUGCGAUCCUGUGGCAGCACCACCAGCAGCCCAUCUUGCCCGCGGGCGAGAUGUGCGGUGGCAGUGCCCCGGAGUGGGUCUGGGACCGGGAUCCAGGGAUGCUGCCCUGUCACUGUAUGACCCCGAGCAAAUCACUAAUUCUGUCUGGGCCUCAUUUUUCCUUUCUGUGAAAGAGGACGAUAAUUUCUACCUCUCAAGAUUGUUGUCAGGAGAAAACAAAAUAACAUGAGAACUGUGCAACUAAGUAAAUGCCUCAUUAGUGUUGGACUUCAAGUUCUUUCCAGCUCUAGUAUUCCCUCUCCCACAUGCUGCAUUUAGUCCCUUCAGAUCCUAGUCUCCUGAUUUGUCCUCUCUCUUCCCACAUUCUCUGUCACUGCGUAGAUGUUGGGGGCCCACAACUGCAGCCCCUUUGAUGAGGUCCUCUUAUAAGGAGGAUCAAGGGUGGGUAAGGCAGUGCCCUUGGAAUCAAGGCCUGGGCUCAAAUUCCCAGUUCAGCUUUUCGUCUCUGUCUGAACUGACUAAACCUAAUUCCUCAUCUGAAAAGGAGGAUAGAGGGGAGCUCUGAAGCCCCUCCCACAAUCACUUCCUAGAUGAUUAGGUGAUAGGACGUGCACACUGCCAUGUGGGGCAGGACAAGCAGACUCCACACCCAUGGGAUGUGCACACUGCCGUGUGGGGCACGACAAGCAGACUCCUCACCCGCAGGACAUGCACACUGCCAUGAGGGGUCAGCCAACGAGAGUGAGGUAGAAAUGGCUGCAAAUCUUAUCCUUCACUCUGGACCAAAGGGAGUGUGGUGGGUUCUGUGCUUAGCUGCCCAGGAUGAUGGACUCAGAAAUGAUUGACUUCUUGCCCAGAUGCUGGGGCUAGUGAGAACAGAAGGUUUAGCUUUCAGCCCCCCUUGAGCACAGCCUCAGCUGCAGAGAGCCACCUCACCAAGGUCAGCACCCCCUUUCCAGGGCGACCUGCACUCCUGGACUGUGAUGCAUGGUAGAAAGGCCCCACACCCCCUUGUCUACUCAGGGACGUUGUGAAGAGUAUAUUAUCUCUAGAACUCCUCACAAGGUGGUCCAAGCUGCCUUCUGACCUAUCUUGCAGCCUGACUUCUACCCAGUCCUGCUUGUCCUUCCUUCCCAAGGUGCUGGCCCAAGAGCACUCUGAGCCUCCUGCGCCAAUCUCCGUCUCAGAGUCUGCUCCCCAGACCAACAUGCAACACUGAGUUUGUGCAG